UAGUGACGUCAUUACGUGGUUCAACUUCCUGUGCACGCUCGGUCCGUUUUACAAAUAGUUCGCUGUUCUGGUUCAGAAGGCCAAAUAGCGACGUCUCGAAUAAAAAAGGGAUGGCUUCAACGUUGCGUUUAAUCUACUCUGCAUCAAGGCCAGGUACUUUUGCAGCCAGCCAGAGUCUAGUGAGGCCCUUCAGUGUGUCUGCACAAAGACAGGGAUUCAAGUAUGUGAACGCCCAGGACGUCCCCACAGACAUGAAGUCCAUCACAGACCGAGCUGCUCAGACACUGCUGUGGACAGAGCUCUUCAGAGGUCUGGGCAUGACAAUGAGUUACCUGUUCAGAGAACCUGCCACUAUCAACUACCCAUUUGAGAAAGGGCCUCUGUCACCUCGCUUCAGAGGAGAACACGCCCUGCGCAGAUAUCCUUCGGGAGAGGAGCGCUGCAUCGCCUGCAAACUGUGUGAAGCAAUCUGUCCUGCUCAGGCCAUCACUAUUGAAGCAGAGAGCCGUGCUGAUGGGAGCAGGAGGACAACGCGCUACGACAUCGACAUGACCAAAUGUAUUUACUGCGGCUUCUGCCAGGAGGCGUGUCCUGUGGAUGCCAUCGUAGAGGGUCCUAACUUUGAAUUUUCCACUGAAACUCACGAGGAACUGCUCUACAACAAAGAGAAGCUCCUCAACAAUGGAGACAAGUGGGAGGCGGAGAUCGCUGCUAACAUACAGGCUGAUUACCUCUACCGAUAGACACCACAUAUGCUGUACUUGAGCGCAUACCAGCAGGACCUCUGACAUCCACAAACGUCCACGAUGUACAUGUUUAGAACUGCGUCUGCGCUGAUGGAAGUGCUGUAGGAUAGGAUGAGUUUGACGAUGCGUCUUUUAUUUAAAGAAACAUCAACAGAUUUGCUCUGGUGUCCGCUUCCAAUAUUAAGGCUCUAACGUGAUAAGAAUCUCAUUUUUACCAUGUAAUUGUUUGAUUACAUAUUUAUUUUAUCAGGGUGAAUACAGCACUAUUUGUCUGGAGUGUCCCGGUCUGUCCACCACCAUCACCCCAAUGGCAGAUUACAGACUGAGUCCAACACCCAUUCUGAUCCUGACAUUAACACUGUACAUGGCAUAUGGAUUUGUUUCAUUAUUUCCCCAGGAUUCAGUGAAGAGCUGUACUGUUCUGUGGUCUUCAUGUUGUUUCAAAGGUUGUUUCCAAAUUAACUCCAAUAAAAUACUGGGAGAAACACUGAAUAUUUGCCCGUUAUCAGUAUUGGAUAUGAACAAUAUUAAGUCACCUGUAUAUCCUUCAACAGUGUUAGGAGCUGCAUUAAUAACUUUGACUUUAGGGCAAGCCUGGGUGUACCAACUUAAAUAUUCUGCACUUUUACAGUGAUUAAAUGGGAUUUUGUCAACUAUUAUGA